AUGGCGGCCGCCGUGGUGGCCGGAAACAACAUUGAGAAGCCCCAGGCUGAAGUUUCCACAGUACAUCUCAUCUGUAUCGCUUUGACAUCUACAAAUGUGCAGUCCCUUGAAAAGGUCUGCUCGGAUCUAAUUAAUGGUGCGAAAAAGCAAAAUUUGCGUGUUAUGGGUCCAGUCCGUAUGCCAACCAAGAUCCUCAGAACAACAACAAGGAAGACACCUUGCAGUGAAGGUUCCAAAACAUGGGACAGGUUCCAAAUGCGGAUACAUAAAAGGGUCAUAGAUCUUCACUCACCAUCGGAGAAUGUGAAACAGAUUACUUGCAUCAAUAUUGAGCCAGGUGUCGAAGUUGAAGUAACCAUCGCUGAUGGCACAGCUGCAAAAUAA